AUGGGUGUGAAAGGACUCUGGGCAGAGUGCAAACCUGUAGCGCAAACGAAGUCUUUGAUUGACUGGGCUGUUGAAGAAAGCAUUCGUCUCAACGGUCGGCAGCCUGUUCUGGGAAUUGAUGCAAAUAACUUACUGGAUUCAGUGAUUGCUGCCUCAUCUAAGCGGGAACGCUUUCAUACUGACGGCAUUGUAGGCUCCCUUCUUGCAUCUAUCCUUCCAUAUACAAACAUUCCAGCUAUACUAUUGUUCGUAUUCGACGGCCACCGUAAUUUUAAAGUCAAAUCAGGAAAGAAAGUUAUCAACAAGAACAUUGCAACUUACAGCACAGCUCGACAGCUCAUUCAAGCUGUUGGUGGUUAUAUUCUGAAUGGCCCAGGAGAGGCAGAUGUACAGCUAGCAGCGCUUUCACAACAAGGGAUUGUUGAUGCUGUAAUUUCAGACGACAGCGACAUGAUUGUCCAUGGUGUUGAUCAAGUACUGAGAUAUGACAAGGAAAAAACCAAGAAUACUAAGCGUAUAUUUGUUCAAGCUUAUCAUUUCUCCGACGUUCGAAAACAUCUCGAUGCAGAUCACACUGGACUACUUCUUAUCGCGACUCUUUCCGGAAACAGUUACGCAGAAGGGCUUCGUGGAUGCAGCAUAAAAACAGCACUGGAGCUGGCCCACUGUGGAUUUGGGGAAACACUAGUAGCCUGGUAUAAGUCUGAUCCAAAACUGACGCUAGAUAAACUGGGUGGAUGGAAGAAAGGAGUCAAGUUCGAACUCGAAACCAAUUCCACCAGCAGACUCUCCUCCCGACAUCCAGCCAUAGCAUCGCGAAUACAUGCCUUUUCACCAUUGAAUGCUCUUUCCGGAUAUCUCUACCCAGCACGACUGCCAUCUUAUACAAGGAUUGACCAUUAUAAGGCGAUGACGCCUACGCCAGCUGCACUGGAGGCGUACUCAUUCAUCAAACAUGGAUUCUCAGUUGACAGUUUGGACGAAGAGUCUCGGCCUGGCAAUGCUGUCGCCCUUGUUCCCAAGGAAGUUUCAAUUCCGAUGGUGCGAGACUUUUGCAUGACGUAUCUACAUUGGAAUGAAGACACAAUUGUCCAAUAUUUGAGCAAGAAGUUGUGGACGGGGGUGAUUAUUCAAAUGCUCUGUUUGCCUUUUCUUAUCUAUAGUGAACUGGAUACAGGUAACCCCAGGAUGCCUUCCAUGAUGUACACUCCAUGGCACAAAGUACAGUUUUUGUCAUUCCCGAAAAAACGCAAAGAAGAGAAAUACCCUUGUUCGAACAUGGCUUACAUCCGAAUUGUUUUUGGGAUUGAAGAUUUUCUUCAGAGACUCAAGAUGGGAACACCGGAGUUGGCGUUCAAUGAAGAUACAGCCUUACAUGAAGUAGAAGUAUGGGUUCCUGUUCAAUUCCUACCAUGGAUGCUUCCCAAUAACAAGGCUACGGAUGAGGAAGAGGUUAUCAGAAGUGGUUUGAGUAGUGAAAGAGAAAGAGAAGCAACGGCUUACAACUCGGACACAAUUGAGGUCGAAGAUGACAUUACAUAUUUAUAUACGCAGCAUCCAGACACAAAUUAUAUAACGUUCUAA